AUGUCCACCAAGGUGCCGAUCUACCUGAAGAGGGGCAGCCGGAAGGGGAAGAAGGAGAAACUCCGCGACAUCCUCUCCUCCGACAUGAUCAGCCCGCCCUUGGGGGACUUCCGCCACACGAUCCACAUCGGCAGCGGCGGCUAGAGCGACAUGUUUGGGGACAUCUCCUUCCUUCAGGGCAAAUUUCAUCUUCUGCCCAGGACCGAAAGCGGCCUCGACUCCGACAAGGACAGUCCCGAAGCGGCACCGUUCGAAUUCUCCAGGACGGCCACCAUCUCCGGCCGCGAG